CGGACCGGAUCUUGUCGGAUUAACCCGGUCAAACACGAACCCCGAUUGAACCGAGCCAUAAACCUAUCGGAUUUGUCGCAUGGAAACGCCGGCCACGCCCACUUCGCCCUAAACCCUCGCGACUCUUCUCUCGCGCCGCCUAGCCUUCUCGUCUACGCCUCCGGCCGCCGACGCCUUCCGCUGCCCCGCUCCUUCUCCUCAUCCUCUUCUACAGCUGGUCGAAGGUUUAGAAAGUUCAGGAAUUGGGUUUUCUGUGCCAUGGCUCCCGCUCAAGCCUUAUCAGGAGUCAGCGACGAAGGAAAACCUGAUGUUUCUGUGAAAUAUGAGAACAGGGAAUCGGUGGAUGCAAAAGAUGUAUCUGGAAUCUUGUGUGUGAACAAAGGCGAAGACAGUUUGUUAUGUGUCGGUACCUCGAGUGCGCCUACAAAGGCUGAUUUUAACUUGCAUGAGGGAAAACUGGAUGUAGUCGUGAAAUCUGAGAAGAGGGAUUUGGUAGAUGCCAAAGACUUGUCAGGAUUGAUGUGUUCAAACAAUCGAGAAGACAGUGUGUUCCAUGUUGGGUCCUCAACUGCCCUGACAAAGGUCAAUGAGGUCAUGAAUGAGGAAAUUGACAUCAUAGAUUGUACUGCCAGCACCGUUGUCAAGACAGUGAAAGAUGAAGACCAGGAUGCCACUGAGCAUUCGAGCUCGUUUGGGGACACUUUCUCUGGGUCAGACAGUGAGUUGAAGCAGGAUCAUGGGGAUAUGGAAAUAGAAUCCCCCUUUUUUCCUUCAAAUGAGGACCCUGCUGCUAUUGAUGGAUUUAACAGGGUUUUUAAGAAGAAGAAAGUGAGUGCUCACUGGAGAAAAUUUAUCAGCCCUCUCAUGUGGAGGUGCCAAUGGUUAGAAUUGCGCAUGAAAGAAUUGCUCUCACAAGCUUCAAAGUAUGAUAAGGAGCUUGCUGCAUACAAGCAUGAAAAGGAACUACAGUCAAAGAUGAUCGAGUUAGAUAGUUCUGUCUCUAGAGCAGUGCCGUUGACAUCUCAAACCCAUUGGAGAGGAGCCAUGAAAAGGAGGAAGAGAAAAAGAAAUGAAGACAAAGUUGACCUGUCAUCAUAUAUGUCAAAUCAUGUUGUGUUCUCUUAUUAUGAAAAUAAAAGAACAGAUACAGAUGGCCACUCAGUUGAUGAUGAUUGUGGUGAUUUAGCAGAGGAUAACAUUAGGGGCAAUGAUGAUAAUGACUGGUUGCUUGGCUUGAAAGGCUGUGAUAGUUCUCUUGAACAGAUUCUUUUGAACAUUGAAGCUGUCCAAUCUAGAGUUACAAAGUUGAAGACUCUUCUCAACAAUUGCAUCUGCAGAAAUGCCAGAGAGAUUUCUUCUGGCAAUUUGUUUCUGGGAGAUGUUCCUGCCGGCUAUGCUCAAAAUGUUAGUGAUUCACCUAGAAAUAACACAGAUUCAAUGCCAGCUGGAUUGCUGGGUAGUCCACCCCAUCGUGUAUCUGAGUAUGAGAUGGAGGAUAUGGUUAUGCCUGAAAGUGCAGCUUCAAGCUAUGGGGAUGCUGCUGAUCUUGAUAUUAUUGAAAGCACGGUUGGUGGUCUGUUGUCUGCUGAUGCAUCCCUGGAUCAGGAUCGUAUCAGAGACCUAUGCAGAGAUAGUGCAGAUGACAUUUUGAUAGAUAACCAAGUAGCUGAAAAUGAUUAUCAGAACUUUAAGAAAGUCAGCCAUGCAACAGAGGAACUUCAAGAGAUGAUAAAGACACAAGCUGAGACCCAUUCUGGAGAUGAGAGCACGGCCCCUAAGGACUCAAUGCCAGAACCAGGUCCAGCAACAGAAAAUGUUGAUAUGCCACAGCAGCCGGUUCUGAAGCCCUGCUACACAGGAAAAAAGAGAGGACGAAAGCCCAAGAAGAAGCGACGGGGAGGUUCAGUUGCUGGUUCUGGACCUCCGAGGAGCGAGAAGCUUCAUGUUUCCGGUCCUUCGAAGAGCGAGAAGCUUCAUGGUUCUGGUCCUUCAAAGAGCGAGAGGCCUCAAGGCUCUGGUCCUUCCAGGAGUGAGAGGCUUCAAAUCACUGUUCCAUUGAGGAGUGAGAGGCUUAAGAAACGAAGAUUGUCCAGCAAAAAUACUUGAGUUUGUAUUGGAGUGUCUGAUCGUAUCAUCGAGGGGAUUUUUUUUUGUUCUAGUGCCUGGUUUGAUUUCUCUUUUCCCAGUAUGUCCUGGUACACUUAUCAGGUUAAAUUUGUAUAUUGUCGGACAACUGAACCACUCCUGUUAUAGAAUGUAUCUGGUAGUUUUCGCCAUCCAAA